UCACACAAACCCAUUUGAUCUUCUAAGCAAAACUUCUUCUCCAAAUCCCCCAAAGAAGCCAUUUAUAGCAAUCAACAAGAAAACCCAAAAAUCUUGAAAAAACCAAACACAUGGCUUCUUCAAUGAGAUUGUCAUUGAUUCUCUUCUUUGCUUGUUCUCUCUUCCUCCAAGGAUCUCUAGGUGAGAUUAUAUGCGAGGAUUUGCCAACGGAUGUCUGUGCAUUUUCUAUUGCAUCGUCUGGAAAGAGGUGUUUGUUGGAGAAUUAUGCAACGAAAGACGGCAAGGUGGCGUACCAGUGCCGGACAUCGGAGGUGGUUGUAGGGGGGAUGGCUGAAUACAUUGAGACUGAUGAAUGUGUUAGUGCAUGUGGGGUUGAUAGGAACACUGUUGGAAUAUCAUCUGAUGCCUUGCUUGAGCCACAAUUCACUGCCAAGCUUUGCUCCGCCGCUUGUUACCAGAACUGCCCCAACAUUGUCCACCUUUACUUCAAUUUGGCCGCCGGAGAGGGAGUAUUUUUGCCAGAUCUAUGUGAGAAACAGAGGACCAACCCUCACCGAGCCAUGAUCGAGCUCGUGAGCAGUGGUGCUGCCCCUGGUCCUGUUUCCAGUGAACCUGCAGAUAUCACUGCUGCUGCCCAGCCUGCCACUGCCCCUUCUUCUUUCUAAUCAAGUUUUGUAUCAUCCACAGAAGAAUAAUUUUC